UCACACAGAUCCCAUCAACAGUUCUGGAUGAGAAGAUGACUGGAUCCUGGAGACUAUUUCUGCUCUGUAGUCUCCUGCAAGGUGCUGGGUGCAACGCUGCAGAAUUUGAGGCCCUAAUGCCAGCAAGUGUUACGACACUCAGUGGAUCCUGUGUUACCGUUCCUUGUUCCUUCACCGUGGAGGACCAGUAUAAAGUCAAUCUACAUCCUGGAUGUAUACCAAUAUGGAUAAAAGAUCAAAUAACUAUCAGUGCUACAACAUUCAGGGGAAAUCUAACAGCGUACAACUGUACUACAACAUUCAAUAACGUACUUGAAGACAAUGUUCAAUAUUAUUUUAGAAUUGACUGUGGAAAUCUAUUAAAAUAUACUUUUUACGAAAACCCAGUGACCAUCCAGAUCAAGGGGCUCCCUGAUGCACCACGUUUGACCCCCCCCAAGGAGCCGGUGGUGGAGGGGACUCCUGUGGAGCUGGGGUGCUCUGCCCCGUCCUACUGUGACACCCACCCCCCCACUGUGACGUGGACCCCCGCCCUGGGGCUCAGCACCCAGCUCCAGCAGAACGAUACCGUGACCUCCACUCUGACCUUCAACGCCUCCCACCUCCACCAUGGAAACAAUGUCUCCUGCACUGCGGCCUACUACAUACCAUCUGGGGACAAAACUGUGACGUCUACAAGACACCAAUUCAGUAUCUUAUUUGCCCCCAGGAACACCUCUGCUGUCGGCAGCCCGUGUCUUCCAGCCAGAGUGGGAGGCUGCCUCAACCUGACCUGCACCAGUCAUGCUAACCCUGCUGUCAGCGCGGUCACCUGGUACCGAACACACGGAGAAUACAUCCUUAAGAUCGGGACUGGAUCAUCUCUGUCCCUCCAGAUGUGGAACGCCAAUUACGUUUUCUUCUGUGAGGCCAGGAAUGAAAUUGGCAAGGAAAAGUCUGAUGUCUACAAGAUCGACAUUCAAGCCAAUGAGUACUCCUCAUACUCACCAGCCCUUGGAUCAGGUGGAGGAACUCCCUUCGUGACCUCAGGAGAAGGAAGAAUCACAGGCGUGAAAGUCUGGGAGCAGCCUGGUAAUCACAUUACCGGUUUCCAGUUGCGUUACGGCACCAGGUGGGACCGUGCUGUUGGUCUUGUGGUCCACGCCCCACUGAGAUUGGACCUAUUUAAAGGAGAGACCAUUACUCAGGUGUCUGGAAAAUACCGCUCAGCCGACUACAUCUAUCAGUUGAUUUUUGUGACCAGUAGAGGGCGCUCUCUCAUCACAGGCAUGCCAUUUGAGACCUCCUUUAACUUUUACCCCGAGCAUGCAGAGGAGGAACUUCGGAUGUUGAGUGGGCGGUUCGAUAGCAAUGGGAUCAGAUCACUGGGAGCCCAUUGGGGGGUAAUCCAGGAGGCUACAGGUUAUGGAAAUAAUACUACUUAACCAAAUGCUUAAAAGCACAUUUGACUUGUGAGUUCCGAAGAUUUCCUAUUGAACAAUAGAGCAUGAUAAGCAUAUUCAGAUUUUUGUUUCUGUGGAGUGAUUGGAAUGAACAUAGGGAUGAGUUGUGGGGUGAAUGUGGUUUGACCACUUCACUAAUGUUGGUAGAAAUGGUUUAGGCUUCAUUUUUAUAUAUUUCAAAAUUAAACCUAUCUAUAACUUAUUUUAUCUAUACACUUGUCUAUCACUUACCUUUUCAUUCAGGGGUCAAUCCUGGAUCGAUGUGAGAUCUGUAUUGUCUCCAAAAACACAUUUUUCACUUUAAAAAUGUCUUCAAAUGAUCUUUUAAUGAUUGCCCUUAAAAAAUGUGUGCAUGUGAAUUAUAUCUUUGCAAACCACUAUGAAGGGCCUCAUGUUUGAUUAGUGGUUUAAAAGUAAACAUUGCCUUGCCUAACUAAAGGAUGACUCUGCUCUCAAUCUUUUAUUCCACUAAUUCUCUACGAAAACAAUUGUAUCGACUAAACACAUUCUACACAUGGAGUUAUCUGUGCCACACGUUCAUGGGGCCAAUUCAAGUCAUAUUUAAAUAUCCUCAGAGCUUAAAACUACUCAGUGGUUUUUGCUGUCUUUGGUUUUGGGUUGUGUAUGUCUCAUGUUUUAUUUCCUUUGACGUCAUAUGCACGUCAAAGGAAUGUGCAUAUGAGACAUACACAACCCAUAAAUUUGUCACUUUGUCAAUAUAAAUAUAUUAUAAAAUCAUAUAUAUUAUUUUCACAUGUAUGGAAUAAUCUUCAUGACAAAUGAUUAUUUUAUGAUAA